AGGAGGAGGAGGCCGCUAUGAACGCCAGCGUUAACAUCGAGAGGAACUCCUGGCGGCUGCCUCCCGAUGAGACCGUCCAGGUCGCCGAUCCCCGUUCAAAGUCAGCCCAGGUAAAAGAGGUAAAUCGCUCAGCAAGUGGUCCCUAUCCUAAUCUUCGAGUACUUCUCGUGGACUGUGCGAUCAGGUUUAAAAUGCAUGUAGGUGCACGAUUGAUGAAAACCAACGCGGUACAGUACCGGUUUAUUAAUUCGCGAACGAAAAGAAAUCAAGCUUAUGCGGAGCGAAUUAAUAAACCGUAUUGUGCGAUAAUAUUCGUAAUUUUUAGAUUGGAAAACGUAGAAAAACUUACGAGGUUGUGGUGUUAGUGACUUGAUCGGUGUACUGGACUGUUUAGUGUAGUCACACAUAAUGACAAAUCUGUGAAUGCCUGAAGUCAGGUCUUAUUAAUCUCUCUUUCAUCUAUAUAUAAUCCUCCAAGUAGUUACAAAACAAUCCCAUCUACACGUUCUAGAAAUGAUAGUGUGUCUAAUGUAGAGACGUAGUGGAACAUCAAAAGUGUGGAGAUAAAUGUUGCAUUAUUUUUUUCUAUCUAAUAACUUUCCUAUAAAAACUUCAGGGCAUAAAACAGUGAUGGGCUUGAGACUAAUCUAAUUACUUAAAAAUUAAAAAAAAAAUUUUUUUCGUUUGAAAUGUUAUUUAAAAUUGAUUAAAGUCUCUAUGAUAUUUCUAGCGUUUUUAGAUAUUUAAGAUUUUCUAGAGUUUCUCAAGACAUUCGAAACUUCCAUUAUAUCAAAAAUAGAUUAUUUCUAAAUUUUCGGAAAAAGAAUUUCGUACGCCCAUCAUUGCCAGUGGAAAUUAUAAUUUGUGUCAUGACUGUGAGUGGUGCAUUUUGCAUAUCAUUCUGUACUAGGUAACGUUAGGUCUGAGUGCCGGAUCGUAUCGACGAUUAAGCCCCACGGCAGGCGCACGUGCUCGCAAAGUGGUAGAAUUACUUGCGUUGAGUGUCGAUAGCGGCAUUAGUGACCACUCAGAAUAAUAUAUUCAAAUAGCGUAGUUACGUCGCGUAUAAACUACAAGUAUAACUCGAUAACGAGUAUCGUUCCCGACGCGGUAGUUGGCGAAGUGGAGUUCGCAUCACGAGUAGACAUUAGAUAUUCAUGCCGCACGAUUUUUGUAAAUAUUUAGUUCUCUCUCACAAAAGGCUCUUUCCAUUCCAAAGGCGCACCUUCCGCAAAAACACCGCCUUCCGGUAGAAAAAUCCGGUCGAAAUCUCGAUAACCAAGUCGGUUUGUUUGUCCGGCUCGGCCAAAAGGAACAAAUUGCUAGCAAAAGGGUUAAAUUUACAGUUAUUCCGCGACGUUUCUACAAGGUUUGACUACCGGAUCGAUACCUCAACUUUUUAAUUGACGUCCAAAGGCGUCAAUUAUACGCCGUCCAGCGAAUAUGAAAGAAGUGCUCUUAGCGAGUAUUAAAAUAAACGGCUGACGCCUCGUUAACGCGACGCGUCAAUGUUUCCCUCGGACGUGUGUGUGUAAAAACAACGCCUAAAGCAUAGCAUUUCGUAAGUCCGCGUAAACUUGAAUAGGCCGCGAAAUAACGCGAUAAUUAAUUGCGGCCGUUACGUCGCGAGGAAGUGAUGAUAGGGUCACGCGCGAAAGUAUCUCACGUUUAUGAAGUUGUACGAUUCGCGCGCGUGUCUCCUCGAAACACGCGUCGCCUUGUCACGUAAAAACGGCUUCUUCACCCCUUACAGUCAGACGGCAUUUUCGUUCUGGUUUACGAGCACUUGCGAGACCGCGGAAAGUGUUACUAUUAAAGUUUCCAGCCGUCGUUUAUUCGCGACCUCCUCCUCCGUUUCCACGAGUGAAAAAGAGAGAGAAAGAGAGAGAGAGAGAGAGAGAGAGAGAGAGAGAAAAGUAGUUUAAUUAUAUUUAAAUUAACCGACCGUCCGGAACAAAGGCUACGAUUCGGCGAAGGACGACAUUCUUAUUCCUCUGCAUAAGUAACGAAAUAUAAAUCGCGGCAAAACCACUCUUAUUAUGCCGCCCGCGCGCGUUUCUCUCAAUUACAUCGAAAUCGCUUCCGCUCGUUGUACUUGUAUUUAGUCGAAGAAAGAGAGAAAGAGAGAAAGAGAGAGAGAGAGAGACUUUGAAAAGUUGAGGAGUUUAUCUCGCGGUCGUAAUUGACCGUGGUGAGAAUUUCGACCGAAAUACUUUGUAAGAGAGAGCUGCGUUUUAUAACUGCAGCAGUUAACGACCAUGGGCGACCUUAUCGCGCCGAUCCAUUAAAAUCAUCAGAAGGUGGCCCCCACGAACCGUGUCCGCUUGUCCUUUGGUCAACUUUGACUUUUACUUGGCUUCCGACUCUGUGAGUCGAUUGAAGGUACAGACCGUCAUGAGGAUCUUUUAACCGACACGGUUCGCUCUUUGACAGUCGAGAGGUCGAAUUCGCGAGCCUUCAUCAAAAGUACCAUAAAUAAUUCGUACUUAAUGCUGUCCAAACAUUUCCCGCAAAGUUCAAAGACUUGCGGCGAAACCCCAAAAUACCUCUCCACGUGGUACAAAAGAUUCGUAAUUGGCAAUUUAACGAGAAAUUCAUUAUCAAUGUCGCUUAACUCGACUGGUAACGUAAUUACACGCAAAGAAAUAAUUUAGUAAUAUCAGUUAAAUAUUUUGUGUCGCGCUUAGAUAAUGUAAAAUUAUCUAGAUAAAUAUAAAGUUUAUUUAAAAAAUAAAAUUAAAAAUAUAUUUUAGCUAAGAAAGUGACAACAAUUCCACUUAUGCACGUGCGUGAAAUCGAAUAUUCAAAUCGUAAUUGUGCGCAGCACAACAGAUGAAUGCGGUAAAAUAUUUCUAUAAGUUUUUUUGUAAGUAAAGAAUUACACAAAAUAAAAUAAAUGACGCGGCAUGAUGAGACUUUUCACUCUUGUCUUUAGACAAGAGGAUUUUAUUUUAUGAAAGGAUUCCUCGCAAAAGAGUUUCUAAAAUUAAGCUCCAACAUGAAAGUAAAUAAAACGUUUUUUGACAGUACAAUUUCGUGUAUUUCUACUUAAAACACAAGAAACUUGAUAUUUUUUCCUUUAGAUAGAAAAAAUUCCAAGCACUAGCAUUGGAGCACAUAUAACUUUAGCUAAAAUUCUUACGCGCAUAUUCAUAGUCAGAUUUUAUACUCGAGGUCUCUUUAAGUCUUCAGAUGUUCUACGGUUUAUUGUAUUAUUGGCUAUAGAACAUUUAAAGAAACUUAAGGAAAUCUUGAAUAUAAGGCCUAAAUUUUGAAUACGGGUUUCGGUCUCACUAUAAAUAUUAUUGUGGUUUCUAUUGCGAAAAGAAAAUAGUACAAUGAAUUUAGCUAAACGUUUUGAUUUUAACAGUAAUUAUCUUUUUCUCUAACACCUGUAUUUUAACAGCUGAUAAAAUGAGCUUCGAUAGCAACAACGUUAACUGUUUCAAAGGCACAUUUUAGCUGCCACGACUUCAAUUUUGCUGGCUAAUUCUUCUUCUGCGUGUGAAUACGGCCAGUCGAAUUUUCAAUAAUUUUUCAAACGUCCCCCUCCGCCUCCCGCCUCUCGCCCGCAUGUUGCGGGCGAUCGAUCAGGUCUGCCGGCUCCUCUCAUUCGUAUGCGAUUUUCGUGUGUGCGCGGUGUGUCCACUCGAUACCUACGUAGCGUAAACAAAUUUAUCACCCGCCGUCCGCGUCGGCGGACAGAAAAUACGAAGAGAGAAUCGCAAGGAACAAGGAGCACGCGGUGGAGGGACAGUCCGACGAUAGAAUCGGGGAAACUUCUGUUAGUCCGGUGGCGCACAAGGACCCGGACUAACUCGAUUAUCGGACUACCUGAUAAUACAACGAUGGACGGCGGAAGGGAAGGGGAGGGGCAGGAGAAAUUGGUACCUGGAAGAAUUGAAAAUCGGAGACUCUCUCGCCUACUUUCUUCUCGAUAUUCACGUACGAGCGCAACGCACACACGCCCACACGCGCGUCCCGCAAACCCAAUACGAAUCCUCCCCGACGAGCCAGUGCAACACGCUCGGCGAAGCCGCCACCGCAAAACCAACAAUGCCGUUUUGCUCAUCGCCGUUUCGAUGGCCGUCGCGCGACAUCCGUGUCCUCGGUAAAUUUCUAACAAAAGGGUUAAAUGUCACUCGAAACCCGGAGCACGCGCCCGGCUCACCCCCCCUUCAUCCGCCGACGACUGAAACAUCUCGCGAUCGAUAGCGUUAUUCAUCACCCUCCGCGGACGGUAGCAGAUCAUGCGAAUAUCGCGAUUGAGCCUGCUCUAGUCAGGGUGAACAGCAAGAACAAGACACUUUCGUGUGUAUUCUUUAUAAAAAUAUAAUCCUAUUUAAAAAGUACUAACAGCAGUGCUUUUGAUACUUAAAAUAAGUAUUAAUUACUGGCCAAUUUAAUACUACUCGGAGUAUUACAUUUUUAUAAGAGAUAAAUAUUUGUUCGCGAUCGUUCAUUCUCGUUAGGUUGGCCUGGUUCCGGUUCCACCUUAACGUGACGUUCCGCCGAACGUAGAUCUCUAUCAACGUGUGCGUUCCGAAGAAGACGGCGAUAAAUUCCCAACACAGGCGGUGCGAAAACGAGAGAAUAACAGGUUGUACACCCCUUUAACUCGAACAGUCGCGCGGCGUGGAAAAUCAUUGCAUUACCCCCGCCGAGGUGGAAACCAACUGCCACUGCCGCCGCGUAGAAACUGGCUGCAGUUUGGUAAGUUCAGCGCGCGCGCGUACGUUCAUUUCCCAGAGACUUGUUGUGGUGUAUCGCGACCGGCACGUAGAAAUCCUCGGGUUUGCGUUUGACUUUCGAGGUCGCGGUUCCCGUUUCCUCGCUGAGAAGCACGACGGAGCAUCCUGAAGCCCCUUUCAUCCCCAUUUGUCAUCACGUCGAAACUCCCGCGCGAAUUAUUUCCAACCAGGCACAUACACGCGCUCGAGAAUUAAUGCUCGUGGCGUACGGUCGUAAGGGGGAGUUGUUGAAUGCGUUAUCGGUCACCUGAAUCAUUUCGCCUCAUUAGUAUGUUUACUUAGUUAGUGUAAGUAACAUUUAGUGACAGAGAUGUGAAGUAAAUGAGAAGUGAGUUUUGCGUACUAACAACACUUCAAAAAUUAUAUUAACGUUUUAUUUUUUUUAAUGUUAUUAUUGAUUUUUAAUCUAUGCAGCUAAUAAUAAUGCAAUUAUACAAUUUUAUAUAGAAUUUUUAUAUUUUCAUAAAAGAUAGUUUAUAUAUUGUUAAAGUUUGUAAUGUUCCUGGAACAAUUGUCCAGUUUCUCGGAUAAACGAUUUUGAUACAGGAAGAUUUUUUAAAUGAUCUGAAGUGUAAUUUAUUAAACAUGAAGAUACCUUUUGAUCUGUGUAUUGAAAUAGUUUUUCUGUACACACAAUACAUAAUAAUUUCCCUUUGUGUAAAAUUAGGAGGACUAAAGCAAACCAUUUUUUAUGCAGAAUUUUGCAAAUAAUUUGAAAGGUGGUUUAUUGAAUUUAUCGUGGUUUGUGUCUUCCGAUGUGUGUAUCGAUUGAGAAGUAUUGCGUUUUGUUUGUGGUAAUUAAAAGUUACUCUGUGCUAAAUUAAAAACGGGACAAAUUAUUUUCAAAAAAUUAAAAAAAUUGUUCUAGAAACAUUUCAAACUUCAACCAAUUUAAUAGGUUAUAUUAUUGUAGAAUAUUUUAUGAAAUUUUUCAAAUUAUUUUCUACACGAAAAUAAUGAACAUUGCGAUCCCACAUUGGAUUUUUUUAGUAUAAUGAUAAAACUUCAAGAACGUGUAACAAUUAACAAAACGUAUAUAAGUGCGUUUAAAAGAAAAUCCUAUUUCUUUUACAUAAUUGUAUGUUUCUUUCUAAUCAAAGUAAUUCUUUAUCUUCAAUAAAAUUUUAAUAUUUAAUAUUAAAUAUAUAUUUGCAGUUCUAUAUAAUUGCGCAUGCUGAUACGGGUUGUUGAACUUGUAACGCCUGAAGCUAAAAUUAAUAUUCUCAAGUUAAAUUGAUCGUCAAUUCGAUUACGAUGCUAGAAGCGUCUUAAAAAAAAAUCUAUAAAGAACUUAUUAGGAAAUCAAAUUGACGAUCAAUUUAACUUGAAAUAUCAAUUCUAACUUUAGUCUAUGAUUACGUUUUAAGUUCGACAACUUGAGUAUACAGUUAUGCAGGACUGAAAAUGUAUAUUUAAUUAUGAAUACUGAAACGUUAUUACCGAUUCACCAAAUUCACUUUGAGAAAGAGCAAAACUAUUACACAUUUAGUCAUGCCAAAAAUUUAUAAAUAUUUUCUAAUAUAAUAAAUAAUAUAAUAUAACAAAUGUAUGUACAAGUAUCUAGAUAUGCAAAAGUAUAAGUAAAUAUAUAAUAUAUGCGGUAACUUUCUUUAAAUUUUGUAUAAAAUAAAGUUACAUUUUUUUCGCUCUAAAUUAGAAUAGCUCUUUAAGUAGUCUGCACUCAGCAAAAUUCUCCCUUUACUAUUUAAGAAUUGAUUGAUGUUGGACGAUAAUUCACAAAUUAUUUUGAAAAAUUUUACAAUUUAUUAAAAUUAAAUUCUUUUUUAAAUAAAUUUUACAUAAUAAUUAAGUGCUUCCCUUGCACCAUAUAUUGAGACAUUUAAAAUGCCAAAGACGUUUAACAUUUUGAAUAUGUGCAUAAAAAGAUUAAAAAUAUAUUUUAAUGCAUUGCCAUUAAAAAUAAAGAAUAAAAAUAUAUCAUAAUUUAUUAAUAUUGCUAUUAUUUUAUAUUUAAAAUUUUUGUAUUUGGGUCGACAAAAUUCAAUGAAUGACUGAUGGCGCGAUUCUCAUUCUCUUUGAAAAAAAGACGAUUUUCUCCAGUUUUUCCCUCUCACGAAAUCGCAUACAUACACAAAAAAUGUGCCGUGGUCCAUCGAAGACAAUUUUGUCGCGUUAAAAGAAGUCGAACACGCGCAAUGAGUGGCGGCCUGCUCGCGCUCGAUUAUCGGCCCUUUUGCACGACCGAUCCCGUGACCCCGAGAGACCAUCGUCGUACGUGUGGUGAUGCGGCCUCGCUUACACGUGUGCGCACAUGUGUCGCCCCUUUGAACUUCCUGUCCGAGAGUAUACGGCAAAAAGAGAGCGGCCGCCGUGGGAUCUCUUUAUCACCCGAGGCGUUUCUCCGCCCCUCAAGAAAAUCACGACGAAGAGACGAAGCGGCUGCUAGGACGCGCUUAGUCGGGCGCUGAUAGUUCCGAAGGACGGACGAUUGUCGACGAAGAGUGACAUAGACCAUAGACACAAAUCGAUCCGCGGAAUUAUGACCGCGGGGACGGACGCCGCCGAUUGGUAUCGCGCGUCCGCGCGUUGUCGCUUCGCGCGAUCGUACUCGCGGAGAACGGACGCGCGAUCGAUCGCGAAUAGCUCCGAUCGACCGCGUGAUAUUUUGACACGUGGCGUAACGACGCGUGUGCAUAUGCCCGCGUGUUUACCAUUCUGAAUGUAUAUACGUGUAGACGCGCGGGCGAGGAGAGGAGAGAAAAACGCGGAGGGGGAGAGUGGCGGAAGGUGGGCGGUGGAUUACUUGCGGCUGAACUUGGCUCUCGGCAGUCAGGCGGGCACAGCAGUCUGUGCCUCUCGAACGGAUGAAUUAAUUAUUGGCGUCGGGUGAAACGGGUGAAAACUUCGGUGCGGUGUGUGUGUGUGUGUGUAUGUGUGUUUCGCAUUAUUGGGAAAAAAUAACGGUGCGAUGGUGCGCGCUGCCGACAAUUGCUCGUGACGAAACGAAAACGAAUCUUUGUCCCCGCGAACGCCAGUGAAGGGAGCGGCGGCAGCCAUGACUUCUAGUCUCUCGGAAGAGGAUUUAACGUACGGAGACGGCGGCCACAAUUGGCGGAGUAUAAUUUUCUCACUACUGGUCAUCGGUUUCGUUAUCGCUGGCAUCGUCACGGCAAUUUAUCUCCUCGGGUACGUUGACGAGCUCCUCUAUUGGAGUGGCAGGCGUCUUACGUUAGACGAGUGCCUUCGUGAUGACCUGACACCGCACAGGUUACCACCGACUUGGAUAACACACGAAAAGUUCGUCUACCAAGCCGACGAUGGUUCCCUCACCCUCCUGGACACCCGCAACAACGUCGUGUCCCUUUUAGUCUCUAAUCAUACGCUUAGGCAAUUGAACGUUCAGGGCUACGAAUGCAGCGCCGAUCUACGUUACGUAUUGUUCAGGCACAAUGUCAAGCCGGUCUUUCGCAACACUUUCACCGCUCUUUACACUGUCUACGAUGUCACGAACGACCAUCACACACCCAUUCGCCUACAAGCAUCGCGACACAUGCAUCAGUCGCGAUUGCAAUAUGCCGCCUGGUUGGGCAACACGACCAGUCUCCUGAUGGUCUCCGAGAACGACAUUUUUCUUAGAGCUACGCCCGCCGCGACGGAGGACACCCGUUUAACUGAUACGGGUGUACCGGGGGUGAUUUACAACGGCGUGCCCGACUGGUUGUAUCAGGAAGAAGUUCUGCCGAGACCGCAAGCGAUCUGGCCCAGUACAGAUGGCACGCAUAUCCUCUACGCCACGUUCAACGACACCAAAGUGUCCGCGUUGGAAUUCCCUUGGUUCGGUAUGCCGAAUCAGGACGGCGCCAGUCCGAUUCCUUUGAGCGCAUCGGGCUCCUCCUUUCCCCCUUCCAGAUCGGUCAGGUACCCGAGACCAGGUUCGCCAAAUCCAGAAGUAGAACUGUGGGUCAUGGACCUUGGAAACGUUAGCUCGGGAAAUUACAACGCUACUGGGAAUGUCACAUGGUCAACGAAAAUGAGACUGACGCCACCGCCGUUCUUUCGCAACGGACAAGAAUACUAUUUGAUAUCGGCCGGCUGGGUUGGCGACGACACCUCGCAGAUUGCCGUCGUCUGGAUGACAAGGAUGCAGAAUCUAUCUAUAGUGUCGGCCUGUCGUGCUCCCACGUGGGAAUGCGAGGAGACUCACGUGGAGCGGGCGCCCGAAGGACUGUGGCUGGACGCCCAACCGCAUCCUCUUUUCUCUCCGGACGGCGACAGCUUUCUACUGUUGGCCACGGUGCAAGAGGGUGAUAAGGAGCAUUUCACGCAUAUAAAACAUGUCACACUCACGCAACAAAGAAUAGCAGUGCUCUCCCAUGGUCGUUACGAGGUAAGUGAGAUCUUGGCAUGGGACACCAAAGCGCAUCUCGUGUAUUAUCUGGGCACCAGAGAGAAGAAACCUGGUCAGAGACAUUUAUACGUGGUACGCGACCCCGCCGCGGACGAUCCUCGUCACUUCGAGCCGUUGUGCGUGACGUGCGAUCUUGGAGACGUUCUUUGGAACAGUAGAUUCUAUUAUACGAAUUGCACUCAUUUCGGAGCUUCGGUCAGUCCAUCAACGGAUAACAACACGCAGGGUUACUAUGUACUGUACUGUGAAGGUCCCGGUCUCCCUCUCGCCGGUGUGCACACGGUGUCGACACAUAAGAUGAUCCGCGUGCUAUACGACACGAGAAUCCAACGUGCGGACAAGUUGUCACAGCUGGCAUUGCCUCUCAAGCGAAACUUCGAGGUGCCACUACCUCAAGGCUGGCAGGCUCAGGUGCAGCUGCUGUUGCCCCCCUCGUGGCGGGAGGAGCUCAGGGACGCGGCGUUUCCCGUGCUCGUCGAGGUGAACGGCCGCCCCGGCAGCGAGGCCGUCACGGAUAAGUUCCGGAUAGACUGGGGAACGUAUAUGUCGAGUCACAACGACGUGGUCUACGUGAGGUUGGACGUACGCGGCGCCCGUGGUCAGGGAAAGAGGGAUCUCUUUAGAAAGAUAGGCGGCGUCGAGGUGCAAGAUCAGCUCACUGUGCUGAAACACCUUUUAAAGACGCAUAAGUAUCUCGACGUCACCAGAGUAGGCGUGUGGGGAUGGGGUUAUGGUGGAUAUGUGACUGCUAUGGUCCUAGGUAGCCAGGAGGAUGUCUUUAAGUGUGGCGUCGCGGUAAAUCCGAUCGCCGAUUGGAUGUAUUACAAUUCCGCUUUCACGGAACGAGUCCUCGGUGCUCCAGCUGAGAACUACAAGGGCUACGUAGAGGCUGAUCUCACCCAACGAGCAAGAUUGGUGCCCAGUCAUAGCCUUUAUCUUCUACAUGGCCUAGCCGACCUCACAGCGCCUUACACUCACGGCGUUGCCUUCGCCAAGGCUUUGUCCGAAGCGGGAGUCAUCUUUAGAUAUCAGAGUUACGCAGACGAAGGUCACGCCCUGAGAGGUGUGCUCGAACACGCUUAUCGUUCCAUGGAGGACUUCCUUGCCGAGUGCCUCGCCCUGGAUCCCUCCUAGUGCCUCAAGCCGAAGAAUCCUUUGUUGUCUCUAGUGCGUCUAUUUCCGAUACAACUAAAACGGACGUUAAUACGGAGACUCGUCCUCGAGGUCACGGCAGUUACACUCGCAAACAGAAUAAUCUCCUCGUUUGGAGCCUGAAUCGCGAUGUAAGUCAGGCUGCUAAACGCGAAAAGAAAGCAAGAGCAAUCGUUUAUUCGGGAAGAUAGAGAGGAAUAGAAACGCCGUUUGACGCGCGUAUGUACGAAUUUAUGCAGCGAAAAAAAAAAGCGCAGGUUGAACUAACGGAGGAAGAACUGAGAAGACGAGAGUAGAGCAUUCGUAUUGAGCAAUAUCAGUACGAUGUACUAUAUAUCAUUUGCCUAAAGAUUCCUCUUUCGCGGGAAAAUCACUCAUUCUCCCUCUGGAUGCGCUGCUAGCGAUACUUAUAUCGCCAGAGAGAAUAUCCAGAAAUCCAGACGAAGGACAAUCCGACGAGAACGAGGAGCGACGGAUGUCCCCUUCUGCUUCACAGAAUUUUUGUACAUUAUCGACACCGCUUGCGUUCCCUGCGCAAAUCCGGUCUGCGUCAGGCCCACGAUUUGUGCAGGCAACGUGAAUUUCCACCGAACCGCGCGAGCGGCUUGUUCAAACCAACACGCGUACGUGCCGUGAAAUCGGGCGAGUUUCGAGAAGCGGAACGAAGAAAACGAGGCGCGUGUUCGAAAGCGCGGAGACCGAAUUACUACGUGCGGAGCUUAUAUCGACGGCUCGCAAAGUCCGCGUCGUUCGCGUAGCGCCAUCGGGACGACGAUUGCGAAAACGACACCGAGCGUUUGCGAGCUCGUCGUUAACGUCUUGCUGUGUUCCAAGUCCCAAGGGCGUUCACACAUAGGAACAAGGGCCUGAAAUUUCGUAGCGAGUGACUAAAGGCGUGAUUAAUACAGUAAUAACACUUCAACGUACAGAGCUUAUUGGGAGUCUGCAAACUUGCACUUUUCUUUGUGUCCCCCCCCCACCACUUACCCGACGGAAUUUAUCGAAUCACACAGAUUGCUCGAAUAAAUAACUCCAAUAUCCCAUACAGCGCAGAAAAAUUGUAGCUCUCAAUCUAUAUCUCUACAACAUUGCGCUAUACAACGUUGCAAUGUCGCUUCGGUGCUGUAUGGGAUGCGUCGCGAUACGGGGGGCCGCGGCUCUGCGCGGACUGCGAUCGAUGCUUUUACGGCGAGACUGAGCAUUCUAGAGCAUUUAACGGUCUCCCGAGUCGAGUUACGUAUGUUCCAGGGAGGAAGAAGAGUUUGCAAGCUUCCGUCUUACACACGUUCUCUUUUUUUCUAGCUACGUCACUGGUGCCUCCCCGAUUUUAAACGGAGAAAAAGUAUGUACGCCUAUAUGCGGUGACGUUCGUCCACAGGCAUCGACAUAUAUUUACCAUUAUAUAUAUAUAUACAUAUAUAGAAAUCCGGAGACAGCUACUGUGAAUUUUGUGUUGUACACAGCUUGGCGCCUAGUUCUAUGUAUCAUAAUGUUACAUUCGUAAGAAGUUGUUCCACACAGAUCCUUAGUAAAUCCCCCCUCCUCCCCUCCAUCUCGACCUGCCCCUCCCCCUUUCUCCCUACUCGUUUAAAUUUUGAAUAUUUGUACAUAUAUAUACACCCAGGAGAAAUGUGAAGCACCUUCGACGAGGUCUCGUGCCGACCUCCGCAGGAAUCGUGAAUGAUCCAUAGAUAAGGAAGAAGGGAGUGAUAUAUCAUUUCUUUUUAAAUAACCGAUUUUCGACAAGAUUUACGAAAAUACGCUAGUCAAACACACGGUGUCAACUCGGAUCUCGUUGAAGGUGCAGGUAUCAGAUAAUUCAUUGUAUACCUCUUCAAGAUACAUCGAUCGAUUCCGAAUGGAUGAACGACUAUACUAAAUAGACGAUAUACUUACAAUCGUCGAGACUAGCUGUCGAUCAUCGAUCAGGUGCGAUCGGCAUAUACGAGACGUCGAGGCUCCCGAGUACCUGCUUGCUUGCCGUUCUUUCAGGUGGAACAGUGGAAGACAAGAUAUGGCGAGACACCGUACGCUUAUUGUCACAUAUAACUGACUUCGCUGCUCCACUAUUAAGUAAAAGCAAAUGCUCGGAAACCUUUUUUUUUUUUAACGCGACGUCGUCGUCGAACGGGGCUCGUAAACUUCUCGGAAAUAUCUGCGGUAACACGUUGACGUUUUUACAAUAUGUACGACAUAUGUUUUACACAGAUUUCAAAAAUCGAAAUGUGUGAAAACUUCGGGAGUUUUGCCUUACAAUGUGACAUCGCAAAUUAUUUGCGUUUUUAAAAGAAUUUUAAAGACUAAUGUUCAUUUUCUCAGUUUAAUUUAUUCCUCAUCUUUUUCUAAGGCUUAGAACUAGAAAAAGAUAAGGAGCAAGUUAAACGGGGAUUAAAGUUAAUCUGCAUUGUUGGAAAUAGACGUUAGAAAUUCUCUACAUAUAUCUUUAAUAGAACGAGUCUUAAUUUAUGACUCGUUUUGUUAUUACUAAUCAACACCAAAAUUCUUUCUGAGGUGCCGUAGUACGUACUCUAAAGAUAUUUUUUGCACUGAACACAAUGUUACGUGAGAAUUUGCAUAGCACAUUAGAAUUUUGAGCAAAUUAGGUUCAAACGAGCAAAAAUGGCAUUUUUGGUCUUUUCAACUCUUUACAGAAAUAUUUAUAGAAAGUUUUACAAUAAUUUGAGACAAAAUAUUUAUCUCCGUUAUAUUAAUUGUACUAAUUAAUUAAUGUAAAUAAUUGAUUGCACAUUAAUUGCACUGCAGAAUACGCUUUGUAACUAAAAGACGUUUCAUGGUUUCGUUAGAAAAAUUUUAUUAAAUCGCAGAUAACGUUCGAGACGAUAAAUGUCAAUAUAAUUUCUAGUUCGAAGAUAAAGAUAAUCUUACGAGCCCGAGUAUUAAUUAGAGGAGGCGCUCAGACGAGGAAGUGGCGUAUGUCGCCAUGUGUAUGCUGCGUGUCACAGCAGCCCUUAAAUGCCGACAAUCAAGGCUAGUGCAACUAAUCAAACGAUAAUAAAUAGAAACGGAGAGAAGAGAAAAUUACUUAAUAAUUUUAAUGAAUACUCGUGAAUGAUCGCUGUGGUUAUUUCGGGUGUACUGUAAACCGCGACGAGGUCUGGCAUUGCUUAGACCACUCGCGACCGAGAAGACUUCGCGAGAGCGAUUUUUGCGAGGAUAAAAGUAUUAUAGACGCGAGAAGGGUCGUUAGGUCGAGAUGAUGUGCCCGCUGUCGACUGUAGAAAGUACAAAGAUGUAACGCGCAAUGGAGGCCUCAGAAAAAUUCUACGUUUCAAUGGAUUUAUCCUUUAGGGAGGAUUUGCUCCAAUAUCUUCUUUCGGUAUCUCUCGAUGUUAAAACAUUGAAAAUCAGACGGCUGUAACGAAUCUUCCAGUGAAAUUAACGUGCAACGCGCAACAGGCGUUACAUAUGUAUUUAACCGGAUUAUAUUCCUCCAUUUCGCGAUAAAUGAAUGGUCGUUCGUAGUGAAACAAAAUGUUCGUUGUCGCUUCCAUUUAUUCCUGAAUAAAUAUAACGUGAGCGAUCGAAACGCGAAUUGUUCGAUCCCGAGAAGAAGCGGGGGAGAGUGUGGCUGAUCAAUCGAUUAGAAAACGCGAGAGGGAGAGAGAGAGAGAGAAUUAUAUAGGGAGGAGGAUCGCGGGAGGGGGAGAAGAAGUAAUAAUGGUGAGAGCGAAUGAGAGCGAGAGACUGUAUGCAUGUGUAAAUCACAAUCAAUUAUUAACUAUAAUAACGGCAGAAAGUGAGGUAAAUCGUUUAACGUAAAAGUAUAGGGCGCGCAUCGGAGAAAAAAAAGAUUAUCACGCAACACAAGCAUGCGAACUAUGAAAUUAAUCGCAACAGAGAAAUGUUGGUAGCAGCGCAUAAGGGUAUCUAUAGCUUUUGGUAAACGUAUUAUCGCCGCUAAAAAGAAAAAAAAAAAAACGUAAACGAAAUGCAAUGAAAAAUACACUCGUAUGGGCAUACGUAAAGAUACACGCAAAAACACACACACAUACACACACGCGCGCAAUAUA